AUGAUCGGCCUGGGUUUGGGCUGGAACGUGUGGGAGCCGAGGGACGGCUUCUAUGCCGGCACCGCUGUCGGUGUGCCAAGGCUGAGCAUCCCCUCCACGAACAUGCAGGGCGCCGGCCAGGGGUUUCGGACCUUCGAGCCCGAGUUCGUUGGCACCGUGCCCUCGUGGCCAUCUGGUCUGAGCAUGGCCGCCGCGCGGGACCAGUCGCUCCUGGGCAGGGAUGCGCGUGGGGGCGAUUGGCGCCGAGUUCCGGGCCCCGGGGUGUCCACGUGGUCCUCGGACCGGGCGUUGACAUCGCGCGCGUGA